AAGGUCAAUGAUGUAGAGGUAUGUACUAACAAUAGUAAGAGAGGUACAAUAGAGCUGGCUCUGAAGAUGGACAUGGCAAAGAAACAUUAUGAGAGGAAAUGCCAGCGGGUUGCACUCACCAAAUGGUCAAACUGUGUAAAAUUACACAAGAAGAAACAGGCCGUUGCCAUCGAGAAACUUGCGAGCCUUGUAAACGCUGGCCGCCUUGAGCGUAUCAUAGCAGCAUGGCGUAAUGUUGCAAAGGACUCAAAGAGGGCAAGAGUGUACUUUAAGAGGUUGGAAAUGGGGUUUAUAGAAAUCGGCUACAAAGUCCACCAGAUCGGGGAGGGAUGUGAUGGACUCUCAGUGCUCCCGACCAGCCUCGCAAUGAAGAUCAACUUCUCUGUAGAGAAAGACUGGAUAACAGACGGCACAAUGAAGCAGAUUCUGCAGAACUACCGCCCAUUUGUCAUCCAUCUCAAUCUGCGCGGCUGUACGUUUCUAAAAUGGCCCAGCUUGAAAUGUAUAAGUGAAUGCAAAAAUAUCCAGGACCUUAAUUUGUCAGAGUGUUUUAAUGUUACAGAUAUGAUGGUUCAGAGAAUCGUCGAGGGCUGUCCCUGUUUGCUCUACUUGAAUCUUUCUUGCACACUUAUAACAAACAAAACUCUAAGAGAACUGUCCAGGAAUUGUCUCAACCUUCAAUACCUGAGUCUGGCGUACUGCUACAGAUUUACAGAUAAAGGCUUUAUGUACCUGACCACAGGGAAUGGCUGCCACAAUCUUGUCCACCUCAACUUGUCCGGCUGCACUCAGAUGACUGUAAAUGGGUUCAGAUACAUUUCUGCCGGAUGCCCUUCACUCAAGGAGAUCGUGAUCAAUGACAUGCCCACGCUAUCAGAUAGCUGUGUCUUGGCGCUGAUUGCCAGAUGUCAAUGUCUGUCUGUCGUUUCUCUGUUGGAUGCUCCUCACAUUUCCGACGUUGCCUUAAAAGCCAUCGCUGAAGUCGCCAAACUGAAGACUUUUAGGACGCAGGGUAACAAUCAACUGACAGACAGGAGCUGGAAGGCCCUGUGCAGCAGCUCACAAGGCCUCCGCAGACUCCACGCUGCAGAAUGCUCCAGAAUGACUGAUGCCAGCCUCAAAUCUGUGGCCAAGCUCAAGAACCUGCACAACCUGGACAUCUCACUUUGUAACAAGGUGAGUGAUACUGGGAUCCAGUAUCUGACAGAAGGUUCCUCAUCCACCAAAUUGAGAGAGCUGAAUGUCAGUUACUGCAGUCUCAUUACAGACACAUCUGUAAUGAGGAUUGCACAAAGGUUGUGUAAACUGUACCAUCUCAACUUGAGUUAUUGUGAGAGACUGACCGAUAUGAGUCUGGAGUGGGUGAGUGGCAGCUCUAUCUGCUCUCUUGACAUAAGCGGUUGCAACAUCCAGGAUCAGGGUCUGGCAUCUCUUCAGGGAAUUUUCUUGAAGAAGUUAGUUCUUGCUGGAUGUGUUUCCGUCACAGAUGUUGGCAUGGAGAAGCUGUGUAAGACUGUGAGAGAUCUGGAGCAUGUUGACGUGUCUCACUGUGGAGCUCUGUCAGACUCGGCCAUCAGAGCGGUUUCAUUUUACUGCAGAGGUCUAGUCACACUGCGGAUGUCGGGGUGUCCCAAGAUGACAGAUAUGGCAGUGCAGUAUCUGACAAGUGGAUCUCAGUACCUGCGAGAACUUGAUGUGAGUGGCUGUGUUCUUCUCACAGAUCGCAGUCUCCGGCGCUUAGAGAGGGUCUGUCCUCCACUCGGCUCCAUCUCAAUGGUCUGCUGCAGCAGCAUCUCCAAGGUGGCCGCUCUAAAGCUUCGCCCACAUGUGAAGCACUGGGAACACAGCAAUGACAACCCUCCAUACUGGUUUGGAUACAACAUGGGCCAAAUAGUGUCUCCAGUGACAAGACCCAUCAAGACUGAUGACACAAAGUGGCGGAUCAGCAGUCAGUGUUGACUGACAA